UAAACCUCUCGGGGUGAGAAUGUAGUCACACUCAGAAACAAGUCGAGCACUCGUGGUACCGCCGAGGACACGACAUGCGUCCGCUUCUGUUCUCAGCUUUCCUGCUCUCCUCGUUACUCAUCAGCCCCAGCUCAGGUAAAUGGUGCUAUGAGUCCCAGGAUCCAUGUAGAAACAAUUGCACAGGACCAAAAAUAUGGCAUCAGAUUGAAGAACAUAGUGAAUGUGCAAUGAAGAGACAGUCUCCUAUAAACAUCGUGACUAACCAAGCCAAACCCAGCUCAAACCUCAAAACCUUUGAUUUUGAGGAUUAUGAUGAAACUUUUAACACAUUUAUUAGAAAUAAUGGCCAUUCAGUUAAGGUGAAUCUAUCCUCCACCAUAACGAUCAGCAGUGGCAAUCUGACAGGGCGCUACAGAGCAGUAGAGUUCCACCUGCACUGGGGCUCUGACACCUCCCCUGGAUCAGAGCACACGAUCGACGGCGAGCAGUAUCCCAUGGAGCUGCACAUUGUUCACAUUAAAGAAACUUACAAGAAUGUACAUGAAGCCAUGAAAGAUAAGUCUGGCAUUGCAGUUCUGGGAUUCUUUUAUGAGGAAUCCAGCACUGAGAAUCCAAACUACAACCUGAUCACUGAAGCCUUAUCAAAAAUCAACAAAUCUGGAGAGAGCGUCGCAUUGCAUGGGUUGACACUGGACAAACUCAUCCCAGCAAAAGAGAACAGGACAAAAUACUACCGCUAUGAGGGCUCGCUCACCACUCCUUCCUGCGCUGAAGCUGUUGUGUGGACUGUGUUUGAAAAUCGAAUUCCACUCAGCAAACGGCAGUUGUCAGCUUUUCACAAUAUUUCAUUCAGCGAUGGGAGGCCUAUGACUGAAAAUUUCAGGCCUGUUCAGCCCAGGAAUGGUCGGGUGGUCUAUGUAUCUGGAAGCAGCAUUAUUUUUGGCAGCGCUGUGCUUCUGUUCACCUCGGUACUCACCUCAGUUGGGACAUCCUGGCUCCACUGAAAUUACUGCUGUGUCGCCAUUUACAGAAAUGGUCUCAUCCAAAACUUGUUCAAGUUUACACGUUUACUGUUCACCCUGUCCUAAAGCACCUCAGCCAUGUCCAGAGUGAUUCACAGAUGUUUGGACAAUGAAAGAGCCAUCCAUAUUAACAUCCUUCUGCACAACUUCACCAUGUCAUGUGACCUCAAUACUGGCUUGGCCGAGCCCUUUUCUAUAGAGGAUCAAUGUCAUGCUGCAGGUACCCCAUGCUUUUGCAAACGAGACUACAGCAGAUUGAAUUAAGAGUAGAAAUGGAUCGAUGCCAACUUUAGGAACUUGGAUACGUUUCUUUCCUUCCUGCAUUUGGAGUGAAACCCACACAUUUUUUUUGUUUUCUGAGGGACAAUGGCAAGUAAUGGACCCUGUGCAGCAUCUGGGCCAAUUCUUAAAGGCGUGCCUGUUAUUUUAUGACAGAAAAGUUUUGUUACAUUUGACAGCAAAGCAAAACUUAUUUAUUACAUGGAAGGUAACUCAAGUUCAGGAGGGAAGACAGUAACAAGGCAAUCUCUAGCCUGCUGUUCCUAAUCAUAAUCACUACUGAAAUUAGAUAUACAGUACACACCCAACACAAACACCUCCUUUUGCGUUUGUCUCAUGCAUUGCUCCUCCACUCCAUCUCCACCUGACUACACCCCCCCGGGUUGAACCCCCCUCUCUGAAUGGGGCUUGGGUCUCCUUGCCCUUAACCAAGGGAGUUAAGCCAAAACCAUCCAACCUAAAAUACUCAGACAUUCACAAAAUAUUGUCUUUGAUUCUUGGAUCUUGUUGUCCCUUGUGAACUUUUCUUAAAGGUGUCACCCUACUGAUGAGCAGUGAAAUAAGAAUGAAGAAUGUUUCAGUACUGUUUAGCUUUGUGUCUAUAUCUACCAAGUAGAUGGGCAAUGUUAGUUGAAUCAGUCAAGGUGUAUGAUGUAUUACAAAUGCAUUCUGAACCGAUGAAGUGUACAGUGUUUCAUUCAAUUUCCAUUAGUCUUCUAUUAUGAUUAAUCGUGCAUUGAUAAAGAAGAGCAAGCUAUGAUCCUCAAAAACAAAUACUCGAAUUAAGAUGUGUCUCGCAUGUUUGCACUGUCUUAAGUUAAAUUAUUUAUAUUUUAUCCUGUAUUGCAAUAUUCGAAAAUCUAUAUGUAAAUGGAUGUGGGCAAAUAACAUACAGUAUGUUGUAUAAUUAACAACAUUGACAUAUUUAGACAAUGUCUGCCUGGAUUUUCCUCCCCCUUAAACAUUUGUUAUAUCUCUGCAGCAGAACAUAGCAGGGGCCUGGUUCAGGUCUUAAAUUGAAGCUAAACUAUUUUAUUAAGAAUAAUCAUAUCAUUUUCAAAGGUGAAUAAAACCAACCAUAUCAAUUAUCAAGAAUGUUUAUGAUGAAUGUUUUUGUAGUGAAAUUAUAAUAUAAUUCAUUUUACAAUAUGUCUACAAUGCUGGAAUUAGAAUAUCAUAUACACUGUUACUGAUGGUCUUGCUACUGUAAUAAAAUUGAUAAGGAGAAUGUUUUGCCUUUUAAAAUUCAAGAAUAAAAAAUCAUAGUACUUUUUUUUAUUUUGCACGGUCA